AUGGCUACUGGAAGUUUGAAGAAGAUGGGUUCCAUUGAUGCUCAGCUCAGGCUUAUUGCUCCUUCCAAAGUCUCUGAAGACGACAAGCUUGUUGAGUACGAUGCUCUGUUGCUGGAUCGGUUUCUCGACAUUCUCCAGGAUUUGCAUGGCGAAGAAGUCAGAGAGUUUGUGCAAGAAUGCUACGAGGUUGCUGCUGAUUACGAUGGGAACCGCAACACCGAGAAGCUAGAGGAGCUUGGAAACAUGUUGACGAGUUUGGAUCCAGGAGAUUCAAUCGUGGUCACAAAAUCGUUCUCCAACAUGCUUAGCUUGGCUAAUCUUGCUGAGGAAGUCCAGAUUGCGUACAGGCGCAGGAUUAAGAAGCUUAAGAAAGGAGACUUCGCUGAUGAGGCCUCUGCGACAACGGAAUCCGACAUUGAAGAGACUCUCAAGAGGCUCUUGCAGCUUAACAAGACCCCUGAAGAGGUUUUUGAUGCUCUCAAGAACCAGACUGUUGACUUGGUCUUAACUGCUCACCCUACUCAAUCUGUUCGCCGGUCUUUGCUUCAAAAGUUUGGAAGGAUUCGUGAUUGUUUGACACAGUUAUAUGCAAAGGACAUCACUCCUGAUGAUAAACAAGAACUCGAUGAAGCUCUGCAACGAGAGAUUCAAGCUGCUUUUCGCACUGAUGAGAUUCGAAGAACUCCUCCUACACCACAAGAUGAAAUGAGAGCAGGGAUGAGCUACUUCCAUGAGACAAUCUGGAAAGGAGUCCCCAAAUUCUUGAGACGUGUUGACACUGCUUUAAAGAACAUUGGUAUCAACGAGCGUGUUCCUUACAACGCUCCUCUCAUUCAGUUCUCUUCCUGGAUGGGUGGAGACCGUGAUGGAAACCCUCGAGUCACUCCUGAAGUUACAAGAGAU